UCAUCUUGACAUUAAGGGGAACUUCCCAUGUGUGCUCUCAGUAUACGAACUAGCGAUUUCUCGGUCGCAGAUAUAGUUAUAAAUGACUUUCAGCCCUCGCUCUUGGUUCUGAUCGCGGCAAAUUCGGUCUAGAGCAUCAUGGAGGCUGAUCAGCUCCCAAAGUAUAGCAUGCUGGAGCCCAGCAUGGAAAAUCCGACUUUGCUUGACGGGCCACAGGUUCAAGAUGAUGGACGGAUUAAUAUCGACCUUGACUCCAAGCUCUGCAGGACACUCUCAAAACUGAUCCCGAUUCAACACCAGGAGCCGCCCUCUUCGCCACCACCACCUUAUUCCCUGGAGAAUACUUCUUGCAAACUUCAACUAAAUAUCGUCAUUCAAGUUGUCGGCAGCCGCGGCGAUGUCCAGCCCUUUAUCGCGCUGGGGAAUGAGCUUCAGCUUCAUGGCCACCGAGUGAGACUGGCAACACAUGGUGUAUUCGAGUCGUUUGUUCGUGAUUCCGGCCUCGAGUUUUAUCCCAUCGGCGGGGAUCCUUCAGAGCUCAUGGCUUAUAUGGUAAAGAAUCCCGGGCUGAUACCCCAGAUGCAAAGCCUACAGGGCGGUGAUAUCCAACGCAAGCGUGCCAUGGUUGCGGAAAUGCUUCAGGGUUGUUGGAAUUCCUGUAUAAGCGAUGAUCCAGUUACGAGGACGCCCUUUGUAGCGGAUGCGAUAAUCGCGAACCCACCGAGCUUUGCCCAUGUCCAUUGUGCACAGGCUUUGUCGAUUCCCCUCCACCUGAUGUUUACUAUGCCUUGGACAAGUACCAGAGCCUUUCCGCAUCCCCUAGCGAACCUCAAGUACUCAACCACCGAACCAAAAAUGGCGAACCAUCUUUCAUACGGGAUUGUUGAGUGGAUGACAUGGCAAGGCCUUGGAGAUAUCAUCAAUCGCUGGAGGGAUUCACUCGAUCUCGAGCCUAUACCGACUACUGAAGGGCCUGGUUUGACAGAGACCCUAAAGGUGCCCUUUACCUACUGCUGGUCCCCGAGUCUCGCCCCCAAACCGUCUGACUGGAAAUCGAAUAUUGAUGUCUGCGGUUUUUUCUUCCGCUCUCCCCCUUCCUAUACACCUCCUGCCGAGCUAGAUUCAUUCCUUCGGAAUGGAAGUACGCCGGUAUACAUUGGCUUCGGUAGUAUUGUAAUCGACGACCCGGCUGCGAUGACGACGAUAAUAGUCAACGCUGUGAAGUCUCUCGGAAUCCGAGCAAUCGUCUCUCGUGGCUGGAGCAACCUUGGUGAACCUUCAUCCAACGAUCAAAUAUUCUACCUCGGCGACUGUCCACACGAGUGGCUGUUCCAGCAUGUAGCCGCUGUUGUCCACCACGGAGGCGCAGGAACCACCGCAUGUGGGUUACGUUUUGGGAAAUCAACCACGAUCAUUCCGUUCUUUGGCGAUCAGCUCUUCUGGGGUGAAAUGGUCGCAUCCCGCGGUCUAGGCCCAAAGCCUAUCCCAUAUAAGUCUCUUACUACGCAUAAGCUGGCCGACGCCAUUCGUUUCUGUCUUCAACCUACGGCGCAGUCGGCAGCGCGGGAUGUUGCUAAGCGAAUGAGCCAUGAAAACGGUGUAUCCGCCGCAGUCGCCUCCUUCCAUCGGAAUCUCCCAGUGAAUACCAUGGCAUGCGACGUACUAGAUUCCGAGGCCGCCGUCUGGCAGUGGGGGAAAGGCACCAAACGUCCCAUCUAUUUAUCGAAAGUCGCCGCAGCAAUUCUGUUAGACCAUCAUCGCUUGAAGCUGAGUGACCUCCAGCCCUACCAAACACACCCUGUCCUCAUCCAGAACCGACGAUGGGAUCCCGCCACAGCAACCGCUGCCUCACUGCUAGGUACGAGCCGUAAUAUCCUCAAAGCGACUGGGGAUAUUGCCUAUCGUCCGUAUAAAGAAUUUCGUCGCUCCCCACAAAGCCAUCCGGACCUUCUCUCCGACAUAUCUAGCCCUCGAUCCCUUAGUGUUGCGUCAGAAACAGACGCAGACGCAACUUCAAGUCCAGCAGGAUACAAGCAGUCAAUGCUGAAAACAACAGGCACCGCAAUGGGAAGCUCAGCCAAAAGCCUAGGUAAGGUGUUUGGCUACUGGUCCAAAGGCAUGCUAGUAGACAUCCCCCUGGCCGCGAGCGAGGGCCUCCGAGCCGUACCGCGAUUAUACGGCGACGAGGUAAAAGAACACGGGAACGUCCAGGACUGGAAAUCCGGCGCUACUGUCGGAGGAAAGAACUUUGUGCAUGGUAUGGCGGACGGAUUUAGUGAUCUCGUCAUGCAGCCCUACCAGGGUGGCCAGCUGGAGGGGGCGAGGGGUGUAGUAAAAGGGUUUGCGAAGGGGACUCUGGGGAUGACUACUAAAGUGUCUUCAGCGGCGUUGGGCCUAGUUGCGUAUCCGGCGCAAGGCGCGAUGAAAAGUCUGUAUACAGCAACACACUCCAAAACGCGGAAACGUAUACUCCAGGCGCGCAUUUUGGAAGGAAAGUAUUUGGCAGAGAAUUCACCGAUGGGGCAAAAAAAUCGGCGGGCUGUUAUUCAGCGCUUCGAGGCCGCGUGCCGCAAUUAUUGAGCUAGGGGUAUUUGAAGCGGUAAGAGUGGUGGUGUCGAGGAGGCUUCGGGCGAGAAUUGAGAUU